UUGCAGGUAAUUUUAACCCAAGGUUUAUUUACAUUGUGUGUAUAGGAGGGUUGACACCCAAAAUGUUUUCUUUUUCCUAAGUGAUUUUUGUUUUGUUUGUUUUUGUCUUUCAAGACAGGGCUUCUGUGUGUAGCCCUGGCUGUCCUGGAACUCGCUCUGUAGACCAGGCUGGCAUCAAACUCAAAGAUCCACCUACCUCUGCCACCUGAGUACUAAGAUUAAAGGCGUGCGCCACCGCUAGGCUCUAAGUGAUGUUUUUUUACAAAAUUGCUUUGAAAGCAUUUUCUCAUGCUGAUAACUAAGACUCUGGUUCCCUUCCCCUGAAGUCUUCCAAUAUCAAAACACCCAAGGCCUCAGCAGCUAGAGUGAAUAGAGUUCCAGGUUGGUUCUUUCACCAAGCGUUGGCUGGGCAUUUGCUGGCUGCCCUAUUGCCUUUUGCCCUGUAGACACUGCAGAAACAGCCACAUCUCUGCGUGGGGGAUUACAGUUCACUCUGUAUUUUGGUGGGAGAUAGAAAUGCUGUGUGUUGCUGUGAAAAGAGCUCAUAGGAAUUAUGCACUAGUGUGUGCAGGGCACCUUGCCAGCCUGUUCACCCAUAUGAGCUCACAGCAUCUAACAGGCAUUAUACUAUCACAUGAGGAAACGGAGGGGCGAAGAAAGUAGAUUACAUGCCCCAGGUAUGGUAGCUAACUGGCCUUCAGACCAGGAUUCCUCAACUAUGAUAUGCAGAUCAUAACUCAAGUGUGUUUGAAGCGGGGAGUUAACAGUCGGCUUUUCUAAAGCCAGCUCUCCAAGUGAGGCUGAAAUGGGAGCGAUGUGAACAUACAGCCUUUUUAUUUUCACUCAGCACCGUGUGUGUGUGUGUGUGUGUGUGUGUGUGUGUGUGUACACGCGCACAAAUUAUUAUGCGAGGUAUAACUUCUGUAACCUGCUGUGUCCUGUAAAUAUGGUACCCAUCUGUAACGUUACGUCAGCCUUAGCUCCAGUUCCGGGCAUUAUGGACAUCCCAAGAAUCCCUUUCCCCAGAUGAAAAUCUACCUGGCCACACACUCCCAGUGAAACUGCCUUAGUGUGUUUUCAGAUUUCCCAAUGAACUGUUGAAAUUCGCGCAUGAAUUCUCAUAGGAAUGUGUCUUUGCUUCUGUUUCCCCUGAAGAGAGGCUAUGAUGUGAAAUAAAUGGCAGUUGAAAGCUGUCAUUUCCUCCUCCAACUAAGCAGGCAACAAGCUUCUUCCUCGUUAGCUGUCGAUGAGAAACAAAUGGCCAGCGAUUUGGCUCAACGAGAGUCGGAUCCGGCAGUACUGUCCCUUCAGCCACGUCCACAACUGCCAGAGAUGCUAAAUCAUCCCAGUUAUAACAAAGGGUUCAGACAAAGAUGAGACACCUGAGCCGGCUCAGCGAACGCACUUUCGGAUUGGUUGCGAUACCGUCCAAUAGGAAAGAAGAACCCGUGUCUCCUAGUUACAACAUUUUAUGGUCGUCCAAUCAGAUGAUACUACUUUGGAGCCUUCAUUUAAAUAUGAGGAUGACAAAUAACCUUGCCUUCACAGUCUCUGCGUUCGUCUUGGUGCAGCCAGUGCAGCAGGAUGCCGGAGCCUUCCCGCUCCACUCCAGCCCCGAAGAAGGGGUCCAAGAAAGCCAUUACCAAAGCGCAGAAGAAAGACGGCAAAAAACGCAAACGGGGCCGCAAGGAGAGCUACUCCAUCUAUGUGUACAAGGUGCUGAAGCAGGUGCACCCUGACACCGGCAUCUCCUCCAAGGCCAUGGGCAUCAUGAACUCGUUCGUCAACGACAUCUUCGAGCGCAUCGCCAGCGAGGCCUCCCGCCUGGCGCAUUACAACAAGCGCUCGACCAUCACGUCCCGCGAGGUGCAGACGGCCGUGCGUCUGCUGCUGCCCGGGGAGCUGGCCAAGCACGCCGUGUCCGAGGGCACCAAGGCUGUCACCAAGUACACCAGCUCCAAGUGAGGCGCGGCGCGGGCGCCACCAACCCAAAGGCUCUUUUCAGAGCCACCUUCCAAUCUCAAAAAAGGAGCCUGCUACCUGGUGUGAUUAAGAUCUGUCAUUCACUUGAUGUGCAUUGAGAUUGCGGUGGGGGGGGGGGGUUGUUGGACAUUGGGACCCUGAGGUAAUACACGCCUUGUUUAUAAUACAUUAAUAAAGAAAUUGGUCUGGUUUAA